CUUCGAAAAUCUGUUUGCGCAACACCAUUGUGCGUGCGAUGUUUCUCGUCCGUCUACGAGCUCGAUAUAUCGUCUGCAAGCUUGUCUGCAAUGGCCAGAAACAUGUGUCACAUUUACCUGUUCCCUGCAGAUCGUUCUUCAAGAAAGGCCCGCAGGAAGCACCCAAACGUGUAAACCGAGAAUCUAAUGUUGCCGUGGAGGAAAGCAGUCCGAAGGCGGUUGAAGAUACGGACUCCCCUAUAAAGGUGCGGGGAACAAAGAAAAGGGCACGGGUGAUCGUGGAUAGUGACCACGAAUCAGAUGGAGAAGCUUCAGAACCCGCAGUCAAACCUGAAGAGGUCUCAUCUCAAGAAAAGACAGGCGGGAACAGUUCAAAAUCACCAGAUACCGUACCGAAAAGACGCACAGCGAGAAAGAGUGCGAAGAGGAGCUUGGAACCAAAUUUUCCGGAAAACAAACGAAUCAAGGCAGAGAACCCUCCAGAAAAGAAAGAAGAAAGUAGCUGCGAAGACAAGAAUGCCACUGAGAAAGAAGCCAACCCUACCAAUGGAAGUCCCCUCCCUCCACAAGGGGUUAAAGAGGAGAAAGCAUCGCCGAAGAAAAAGGACCAGGAAACCAAAGUAACAGAAGAGACCAAAGAAGUGAAGUUAGGGACAAGUAAGCUGAAGAGCACAAAAGGAGGCACCGAUUACGACCCAUCCAAGGCCUCUUAUCACCCUGUGGAUGAUGCCAUUUGGAAAGCUGGAGAGAAGGUUCCAUAUUUAGCUCUGGCUAAAACACUCGAGAAGAUUGAUAGCAUCUCUGCCAGGCUCAAGAUGAUAGAGACGCUGUGCAACUUCUUCCGGUCCGUGAUUGUGCUGACACCCGAGGACCUUAUUUAUGCCGUCUAUCUGUGCCUCAAUAAACUGGCUCCAGACUAUCGCGGGUUGGAGUUGGGUGUCGGCGAGUCACUUCUGGUGAAGGCCCUCGCUGAAGCCACCGGCCGGACGCCGGACAAGAUCAAGGCGGAAGUUACAGUUAAAGGUGACCUAGGUCUCGUUGCUGAGAGUAGCCGCAGCAAUCAGAGGAUCAUCUUUGCGCCAGCCCCGCUUGUGAUGUCUAAUGUUUUUGCAAAGUUGAAGAGUAUAGCCCAAAUGACAGGAAACAUGGUGCAGAGCAAGAAAGUGGACAUCAUCAAAGGGCUUCUAGUAGCUUGCCGACAGAGUGAGGCACGCUUCUUGGUGAGAUCUCUGGGUGGCAAAUUGCGCAUUGGACUAGCUGAGUCGUCCCUGCUGACAGCCCUGGCCCAUGCCUGCGUUCUCACCCCACCGCAAAAGAAGGAUGUCCUGGAUACGUCCAAGACGAUGGGAAGCGAUGCUCUGAAGAAGCUGCUCGAGGAGUCUACGCUGCUACUCAAGACCACAUAUUGUGAAUGCCCAGACUACGAUCGUAUAGUGGCUGUGCUUCUGGAGGAAGGACUGGAAAAAUUGCCCGAGCAUUGUUUCUUGAGCCCUGGAGUCCCCCUGAAGCCCAUGCUUGCCCAUCCGACGAAGGGAGUAAGUCAAGUACUCCAGCGAUUCCAAGGGGAGAGCUUCACCUGCGAAUUCAAGUACGAUGGAGAACGAGCACAGAUCCACGUUCUGGAAGAUGGAUCAGUGCAUAUUUAUAGCCGUAACCAAGAAGACAACACAUCCAAGUAUCCAGAUGUGAUACGGAGGCUUCCCUCUGCCCUGGCCCCUUCAACACGGUCUUGCAUUCUGGACAGUGAAGCCGUCGCGUGGGAUAGAGAGAGCAAUACCAUCCAGCCCUUCCAAGUUCUCAGCACCCGAAAACGCAAGGAUGCUAGUGAAGAGGACAUCAAAGUGCAGGUUUGUAUCUUCAUCUUUGACUUGCUCUACCUCAACGGUGAAUCACUGGUUCGGAAGUCUCUGCGUGAGAGGCGCAGUCUUCUAUGGUCAGCUGUUCGUGAAGUACCCGGAGAGACCGUCUUUGCCACCUCUGCAGACCUGUCCACUGUUGAUGACAUUCAAGAAUUCCUCGAGGAAUCUAUUCGAGGUAACUGUGAGGGAUUGAUGGUGAAGACGCUCAACACGGACGCCACCUACGAGAUUGCUAAGCGAUCGCACAAUUGGCUGAAGCUGAAAAAAGACUACCUAGAGGGCGCCGGGGACACAUUGGACGUGGUUGUUCUGGGUGGAUACCGUGGAAAAGGAAAACGUACAGGAACGUAUGGCGGAUUCCUCCUCGGUUGCUAUGAUGCAGAGAAUGAAGAGUUCCAGACUGUCUGCAAGAUCGGUACAGGAUUUGUUGACAAGGACCUGGAGACCCACUCCCAGUUUUUCAAGGAUCAUGUUUUGAAUGGACCCAAGUCCUACUACAGAUAUGACGCAAGCUUAGAACCCGAUGACUGGUUUGAUGCUGUCCAAGUGUGGGAAAUCAAGUGUGCAGACCUCUCCAUAUCUCCUGUCCAUAAAGCUGCACAAGGCCUGGUGGACCCAGAAAAGGGCAUCUCCCUCAGGUUUCCACGUUUCCUCCGGAUACGAGAUGACAAGAACCCAGAAGACGCCACAACAGCUGCUCAGGUUGCUGAACUCUACAAAAACCAGGAUCAGGUGAAAAACCAGAAAACAUCUGAGAAAGACAGACUGGAUGAAGAUGAUUUUUACUAGCUGUAAAUAAACAGUCUCCACUUGUUCCUUUCA